GGAUGCCUCCGCUCCAGAUCGAAAUCGCCGAGACCAACGUGGGACCGGAGGAAAUCGCGAGAAGUUGAGGCGCUCCGGUUCAGGUUGGCCAACUUUGAGCGCGAGCGCGCCGGCUCGUGCCUCUCACAGUCCGUGCGGGCGCAGAGCAGCAGAGGAGGAGCAGAGGGAGGCUGGAUGUGGCAGGAGACGGGUCACUGAGCCGCAGCGUUUCUCAGUCCCCAACUCUCCCAUGUCACCGGACAGGAUGCUGAUCGUUGGACUCCUGCUCAGUGUCUUCUCUCACGCAUCAGCAUCCUUAGACUGCCUGGUGGCGGAGCAGGGCUGCGUCCAGGAGCAGUCCUGCAUGGUCAUCUACCGCCUCCUGGAGUACUGCGCCGCCGAGGAGGCCGUGUCUCCGCUUGGCUCCGACGCCCGCAUGGAGUGCCUGGAGGCCCAGCACUCCCUGCAGCACUAUCGCCCGCUGCAGGUCUGCAAAUGUCAGCGCGGCUCUCGCAGGGAGGAGCACUGCCUCAGGGUCUACUGGACUGUCCGCUUUGCAGCUUAUGAUGAAUAUGACGUCUCUCCAUACGAAGAACUGAAGCUCAACCUGGUCAGGAACUUAGAGAUGUCUCACAUGGCGUCCAUCAUGGCAGCCUCCUCGCUCUCCGUGGAUGGCCAGAACCAGUGUCUGAAGGCAGCGCAGGACUGCGGCCUGUAUGAGAAAUGCGGCUCCCUGCGGUCAGAGUACGUUGUGGCCUGCACCAAGCGGGCGACGGUCUCUGACAACAGCUGUAACCGCCAGAAAUGCCACAAAGCCCUGCGGCGCUUCCUGGAGCGUGUGCCAGAGGAGUACAGCUUCGCUCUGCUCUUCUGUCCCUGCUCCGACACUCUGUGCGGGGAGCGCCGGAGGAAGACCAUCGUCCCGUCGUGCUCCUACGAAGAAAGCGCGCGAGGGGAGGAGAAAGUGGGAAAGCCCAACUGCCUCAGCCUGCAGAACUACUGCUCCAGGGACGAGCUGUGCAGAUCCCGGUUUGCUGAUUUUCAACAUAACUGCCAGCCCUCCCCUCUGUCUGCCUCUGGCUGUAUGCGAGAGAGCAGAGCCAUGUGCCUGAAGGCCUACGCUGGACUCAUAGGUACGAUCAUGACUCCCAACUACGUGAGCAACAGCAGCACAGAGGUGUCGCAGUGGUGCACGUGUGAGGGCAGUGGCAACGAGCUGCAGGGCUGUCAGCGCAUCCUCAACAUGUUCAGCACCAACACAUGUCUGCGCAACGCCAUCAGCUCCAUGGGCGUCCCCGCGCCUCCUCCGGUGGAGAACACUCCCGUGCCAGCCUCUCAGCCCUCCCCGCGCGUCUUCCAGGAGCGGGUCCACGUCGGCGCGAACACGCUGCCCGAGUUCAACAGCAUGGAGGACAGUGAGGAAGAGGAACCGGAGGAGGAAGCGAGCAACGAGUUUAACGUCAUCCCUCCGUAUUCGCAGAAGGACUCUAACAUGGAAUCGGGCGCUCGGGGGAGUCAGCGGGGGGCGGCGGGCCGAGCGCUACCUGCGCUGCCAUUACUGCUGCUGCCCGCAUUCAUCCUGGACCGGGCGUGUUGGAGCUACUGAAGCCUUCAUCUCAUUCUCCGCUUACAUUUUACACUCGCCAGCGCUGUCAGAUCCAUCUCCCUGCUCCGAAUGCAACACAGAGGACAGUUGUAAAAAAAGAAGAAAAAAAAGAAAUGUAGAAAUGUAAAUGCCCUUAUUUUGAAAUCCUUUCAUUUUUCUUUUAUACCCUGACUUCAUUCUGCCAUUCUCUCCCUGCUCUUGUAAGUAGUCCUGCGGUAUCGACUGUGUCUCUGCUUGAGUGGUUUCUUACGGAAGCAGGCGAACAACGUGAGCAGAUACACGAGUGCACGGGUGAAUUGAGAAGUGCUGUCUGGGCAAAUACUCUAUCUGGAGCCUGCUUCACACUCAAAGUACCCCCCCCCCCCCACUCCUUUUAACAAGAAGCACAUCGCCCAAGGCCGCAUACACUAUACGUGCUCCCAAAAACCAGAACCAGCCCACUGCACUGCAACCAGGCGUGAGCGCGGCUUUUGAUUUCUAUUUCAUGACUCAUGUCACAUCCGUUUCCACGCCGCCCCUUCGGCUCUUCCCCUCCUGCCUCCACACCGCGGUCGAGUGAGAUAAUCCACUUUGCAACAAGCUAAUAAGAAACUGCGCCGCACGUAAGCUGCUUUAUACCGUUAUAUAUAUAAAAAAAAAAAAAAAAAACAGAGGAGCGCUCUUUGACGGCGUUUUGUUUAAAACGUGAUAAGAUGCAAA